UAGGGACGUGAUGCGAUCAUCCCUCUCUCCCCUCCCUCCCCCCACCCCGCAAACAUUCCAACAUACCUUACUUACGGAUGGCACUGCCUGCCGAGCGGAGGAUCGACUCGGUGACCGGGGUUGGACGAUGGCACUAAGCCAGAAAUUGCUCUCCGAGUGCGAGCUGCUCCCCUUUCCGUCCUUGCUCCCCGCGGCCUUGUUUUACGGAUACCGUCAACUACGAGAUCGUCCACGGUCCAAGGCCUGGCGCGAUGACAACCAACACAGGCUGCCAAUGCUCCUCGAACACUUCUCGAUCCGAACGGCGGCAGCGGCGUCUCGGGUAUCUCACACUACCAAGAAACAAACAAUGAGCAAACAUCAGAGCUCGGAGGAUCAUCCCCAGCAGAACGUGGAAAGAGGGUGUGAUAAGACGUCGAGGCCAAGUCCCUCUCCUCACAACGAAACGUGGUAUCGCAUCCCUCCCAAUCUGUCCUCCCAGUCCCAGCGUCUUGCAGUGCGUGUGGAACCAAAUUUCAUCAUCAUCGCUUUACCGGUUCUUAGAGGUCCGGCAGAAGCCGCCAUGUUGUCUUGGUGGUGGAGGAAAGAAUCGAGACAUGACAAGCCGGCAUGACCUGCAUGACGGCCGAAGCAAGGCGCAAAAAAGGCACUUUCCAGUCGGCGUAAGUGACUGGUCUGCGGUCCUCCGGAUCAUCGCCCAUGUCUGAGCCCAAUUUGCCGUCUCUUACGAAAUGAGUAUCAGUCGCCAAUCGGUCUCAUUGUAUGGGCUGAAACGGGCACCAAGGGAGUUUACUUUUUGAUGAAGCUGCGCAGUCGAAAUCGUUGAUUCGUGAGGUAGAAGGUUGGCGCAAAAUGGGGAACAACUUUCGAGAUCCAAGACGCCUGUGACGCCUUGCUUGCUGCAGGCUGCAGCAACAAGCUGAUGUUUGCCUUUUGGUCCUGGUCUGCCGCUGCAAGAUCCGAUCUCCGCCCCAGCCAACCUGCAACCUUUGCACUUGACAGCCCGGACUUUGCUUACCGCCACUUUGGACGACGGAGAUCCAAAAGAGACCAGUCACAUCGGCUGUCCUUUUGCAGGAAAGAUGGCUGCUCGAUCCUCGACUCCAGAGGGCAGAAAGGCGAUUCGUUCUAAACUUCACAGUCACACUGCCCGCCCGGGCCCAGGCUUGACUUGCUGAAGCGGCUGCUCUAUGCAAGUCCGAAAGUUCUGGCCAGCCGACGCGGGUAAAAUUAUCAGGAGAACCGGGGAGAUGAGGAGGCCGGCGGAAAUGUGGAGGCUUUCAUCACCACAGCUUCAGCCUCAACUCUCUUGCGACCUCACAGAAGGCGUGCUCCUCUCGCCACGGUCAUGAACCACCAAGAGCCCGCAAAAGAAACCAGAAAAGGGUCCCUUGCGAAUCUCAGAGUCGAGUUCGUCUCGUCAUGUGCGUGAAAAAGCGGCACGGUCUUAUCCCACCCCACGACAUUGCUUUUUCCUCGUCGGCACUAGCAGGGAACGAGCAUGUUAGUUCUCGGUUCUGGGCCAAACACGCUUCGCCUUCUGUAUGUGAAUUCCAUGUUCUUCUGCUC